AGGCGAAGUACUUGAUGUUCCUCCUGCCCUGCCAGGAUAAUCGGUUGCGUUGACAGCGGACGUUGUGAUUAGAAUCUGCGCGCCGUGAAGGCGACUGGGCCACCCCAGACCGGAUAUAAAAGUCGGUCAUCGCCUGCACCUUCCCUCCACACCAUCCUCGAUCUCACCGGUCACUUCUCUGAUAAUAUCUCUGAUCAUCUCCCUGAUCGCAACUUUGGCUAUCUGCUCUACUACCUUGAGUUCCACCCGUCGCUUAAUCAAUUGCCAUGUCGCCCGUCUCUAAGAUCCCUACUCGUGCCCUCGGUCGUAACGGCCCCCAGGUUUCCAGCAUCGGCCUCGGCUGCAUGGGAAUGAGCGAGUUUUAUGGUGCUUCUUCGGAAGAGGACGCCAUCAAAGUCCUGAACCGUGCACUCGACCUGGGCUGCACUUUCUGGGAUACAGCCGAUAUUUACGGCCAAGGCGAAAACGAGAAGCUCUUGGCAAAGGUCCUUGCCACCCGCCGAAGCGAGGUCUUCCUCUGCACCAAGUUUGGCAUCAUCCGCGAUCCAGCUUCGGGUGCCAUCGUUGGAUCGUCGGGUGCCCCGGCCUAUGUCCGCCAGUCGUGCGAGGACUCGCUCAAGCGACUCGGCAUCCAAACCAUCGACCUCUACUACCAGCAUCGCCCCGACCCCACUGUCCCCAUCGAAGACACUGUCCGGGCCAUGGCCGAGCUGGUGGCCGAAGGCAAGGUUCGCUAUCUCGGUAUGAGCGAAUGCGACGCCGAAACCCUGCGCCGUGCCUGCAAGGUCCACCACAUUGCUGCUAUCCAGAUGGAGUACAGCCCCUGGGUCCUGGACAUUGAGCAGAACGAAGUGCUCAAGACCGCCCGCGAGCUGGGUGUCGCCAUUGUUCCGUACAGUCCCCUCGGCACCGGCUUCCUCACCGGCCAGAUCAAGAAGCUCGAGGAUCUUGCUGAAGACGAUGUCCGUCGUCUCAACCCGCGCUUUAUGGGCGACAACUUUGCCAAGAACCUCGACCUGGCUACGAAAUUCGAGGAGCUGGCCAAAGCGAAGGGUGUCAGUCCGAGCCAGUUUGUGCUUGCCUGGGUCUUGUCGCAAGGCGACGACUUCAUCCCCAUUCCCGGCACCAAGCGCAUCAAGUACCUGGAGGAGAACGUCGGCGCAACUGCCGUCGCCAUUACUUCCGAGGAGGACAAGGCGGCCAGAGACAUUCUCGCAUCUCUCCCUGUCAGCGGCUCGCGCUUCUAUCCCAUGACCUCCGCCGUCAACUUCAACGACACCAACAACCAGAAGUGAGCGGAUACCGCAGAUCCCAGUGUGGCAGAAUCGGGGCUAACUAUGCGCCGAUCUGUUUGUGAACCUGACCAGCGUGUCUGCGAUGGAAUACAGCCCGUUCAGAAACAAGAUAUCAUGUUGUGGAGGACAUUGGCGUCGCGAUGCGUGAGUGUGGUGCAUGUAUUUGACCACAUGUGUAGCCUGAUGUAGAGUGCCGUCUCUCGAGAUCGAGAUGCCGAGCCGAGCCAGUCGCUUGGUUCAAUACACUCUGCCUAGUUCCUGCA